UCCUCAAUGCUUUUGAGGUUUAUCAACUGAUAUCGCCAAUACCAUCCCCAACUGACGAAAGAGAUGUUAAUGCUAUCAUGGACAUCAAAGAUACGUACAAGAUCUCUAACAAAGAUUGGCGAGGAGACCCAUGUGUGCCGAAACUUGCUUGGGAUGGACUAAACUGCGGUUCCCGUGCCAAUGGUAACAAGGCAAGCAUCAUCUCAGUGAACCUAAGCGCGACCAAAUUGGCAGGGCAAAUAACUACCUCAUUUUUACAACUUACAGAGUUAGAAUCCUUAGAUUUGUCAUUUAAUGACUUGUUGGGAUCAGUACCUGAAUUUUUAGCUGACCUACCAAAAUUGAGAAUCCUUAACUUGACUGGCAACAAGCUUACAGGUUCCGUUCCCAAGGCUCUUGAGGAAAAGGCAAAUUUGCAAAUAAGUUUGGAGGAUAAUCCUGGACUUUGCCUGGUGGAUUCAUGCAAAAAGCAGAACUUUGUCAUUCCACUUGUUGCUUCUGUUUCUGCUUUAGUUGCAAGCCUCUUGGUCUGUCUCAGAAUAUGGAUCUUCAAAACCAAGAAGUUGAAAGUGCAUUUCUCUAUUUCUACACAUGAAGAAUCGUUACAACUAAAAACCAAGGCAGUUUCAUACUCUGUAAUACUUAGAAUCACUGAUAAUUUGAAAAACUUAAUUGGAGAAGGAGGAUUUGGAAAGGUCUAUUAUGGCAAUCUGGAGAAUAACGUUCAUGUUGCUGUGAAGUUACUUUCCCAAUCAUCAAUGCAAGGUUUCAGAGAAUUUCGAUCAGAGGUAGAACUCUUAAUGGUUAUUCAUCAUAGACACUUGGUUCGUCUGAUUGGAUACUGUGAAGAAGGUGCUGUGAGGGCAUUAAUUUAUGAAUAUAUGGCUAAUGGCAAUCUUCAACAACAUUUAUCAAAAGAGAACCUUAAUGUUUUGAAAUGGAAUGAGAGGCUUCAAAUUGCAUUGGAUGCUGCACUUGGAUUGGAUUAUUUGCAUAAUGGUUGCAAGCCACCAGUAGUUCAUAGAGACUUAAAGACAUCCAACAUUUUACUAGAUGAAAACAUGCAAGCCAAGAUUUCUGACUUUGGAUUAUCUCGAGCUUUUGCAAAUGAUGUUGAUAGUCAUGUAACAACUUGUCCUGCUGGCACACCGAGUUAUCUUGAUCCUGAAUUCCAAAGUUCUGGAAACUUGACCAAAAAGAGUGAUGUUUAUAGCUUUGGAAUAAUUUUUCUUGAGCUCGUCACAGGUCAACCCGUAUUAAGAAGAGAACUUGGCACAGUUCAUUACGUUCUUACUUGGGUUACCCCUAAACUUGAAAUGGGGGAUAUCCAAUCUAUCAUAGAUCCAAAGUUAGAAGAAUACAGCACUAAUUCAGCUUGGAAAUUAUUAGAGAUAGCUAUGUGUUGCACUACAGCAUCUGGAGUUGAAAGGCCUGACAUAAGCCAUGUAGUAGCUGAACUAAAGGAAUGUUUGGCUCUGACCAAAAGUAUAGGCUGGAAUUCAACCAGUGAUCUGGAAACGGCUUCUCUGGGGUCUGAUUCAGGGCUUAUCCCUUAUGCUCGGUAGAAUUAUUUGAGAUUACUCUCUCUCCAAACUGGUGAAGCUGUCUACCACGAUCACAUUAUCAGCUCGUUCAAAGUUGAACGACAUGUCGUAUUUGUAUUGUUAGUGUGCUUGGGUCAAACAGUGGUUCUUCUUCUUACAGCUGCUGGUGGCUCCGUGCUUUGUCUUUCUGUUCAGUACUGAUCUUUUCUGUGUUUCUCUAUUCUGUAUUUAUGAACAACUUAUUGGGUUAUAACCAUUAUCAGUAAAUUUGGUUCAUCCUUAAA